CCAUACGGUGUGGACGUCGAGGAUCGCCUGUGCCUUGAUGGCCCAGACCGUGUAGUUGUCCGCGGUCAGUAUCGGCAUCGGCAUCGUCGCCGACCCGCCCGCGCCGCCGCCGUGUGGGACGAGCGCCAUGGUCGCCGGUGAUCGCCCGAACCGAAGCUCUGUAUACCAAAUGUUGUUGCCGCCGGCCUCCUCCCCUGCUCGCCGGAGCUCGACCUCCCUGCCUCACUUAGCUCUCGAGGAAGAAGAAGAAGAAGACUAGAGGAAGGAGAUGGACACAAAGACACAGGUAGUUUUACCGGGCGCUCGAACACCCGCCGACCGCACGAACGGCCACUUACUUUCUUUCUCUGAGCACGAACUCAGCCACUACCCGGCAAUACACAGAGGACCCAACGAGUUCUUAUACGCGCGCUCGUACGCACGCAACGCCCACGGCGCUCCCACUCACCCACGCCUCGCACCCCGCAGCCUACUUGGCUCGCGCUCCCGUCGCGCCCGUACGCGGACGAUGCGGCCACUAACUGCCCGGGGGACGCGGUCACACCUCCGGCUCCAUCGCCAACAGACCCAUGCACGCGCUCAUACACAUGCUGACACACACACGCAGCUACUAGCCUGACGCGGACCGGACCAUGCACGCCAUGUCUGGCACACGCACGCACGCGUGCCCGACGUGCCCUGGCCGAAACCGGCAAGCCGCGGCUUAUUCGUCUAACAUUCACCCCUCUAUGCCGUGGCUCAGAGGAGCCUGCCGUCUUCAACGCCGACGUCCGCCAUCAGCGCGCGCUCCGCCGCCGGCUCCCUCCGCAGUUGGGGGCAGUCGCGCUUGAAGUGUCCGCGCUCGCCGCACUUGUAGUAGCGGCCGCGCCGGUUCCAGCCGCUGCUCGACGCCACGCUCUUGCUGUCGUCGUCGUCCCGAGCUCCGCCUUGACGCCGCUCCCGCGCCCGCCACUGCGCCGCAGUGUGCAGGAGCUGUCCGUCCGCCCGCUCGCCGCCGUCUUGUCCACGGCGCCGAACCCGCUCGUCGAACGCGCGCAGUCGCCCGAGCGCCUCGUCGAAUGCCAUCGUCGUCAUGUCAUGAAACUACUCGAUGCCGGCGACGAUGGGGAAGAGGCGAUCCGGCACCGUGUCCAGCAACUUUUUGACAAAUGCUGCGUCGCCCAGCGUCUCCCCGAGGUUGGCGUACCUCGCCGCCAUCGCCGCGAGCCUCCCGCCGUACACGUCGAGCUCCUCGCCGUCCGCCAUCUUCAUCCGGUCGAAUUCGCCGCGUAGCAUCCCCAGCCUCGCCGCGCGGACCCGAUCGGCACCGACGAACCUCACCUUCAGGGAGUCCCAUACCUCCCUGGCGGUGAGCUUAGUCGACACCUGCAUCAACACAUCCUCCGGCAACGCCCCGAGGAGCAACACGCACGCCAUCUUGUCCUUCUUGGCGUUCACCGCCGCGUCGCCCGGCACCACCGCGUCCCAUACGGUGUGGACGUCGAGGAUCGCCUGUGCCUUGAUGGCCCAGACCGUGUAGUUGUCCGCGGUCAGCAUCGGCAUCGCCAUCGUCGCCGAUCCGCCCGCGCCGCCGCCGUGUGGGAUGAGCGCCAUGGUCGCCGGUGAUCGCCCGAAUCGAAGCUCUGUAUACCAAAUGUUGUUGCCGCCGGCCUCCUCCUCUGCUCGCCGGAGCUCGACCUCCCUGCCUCACUUAGCUCUCGAGGAAGAAGAAGAAGACUAGAGGAAGGAGAUGGACACAAAGACACAGGUAGUUUUACGGGGCGCUCAAACACCCGCCGGCCGCACGAACGACCACUUACUUUCUUUCUCUGAGCACGAACUCAGCCACUACCCGGCAAAUACACAGAGGACCCAGCGAGUUCUUAUACGCGCGCUCGUACGCACGCAACGCCUACGGCGCUCCCACUCACCCACGCCCCGCACCCCGCAGCCUACUUGGCUCGCGCUCCCGUCGCGCCCGUACACGGACGACGCGGCCACUAACUGCCCGGGGGACACGGUCACACCUCAGGCUCCAUCGCCAGCAGACCCAUGCACACGCUCAUACACAUACUGACACACACACACACGCAGCUACUAGCCUAACGCGGACCGGACCAUGCACGCCAUGUCUGGCACACGCACGCACGCGUGCCCAACGUGCCCUGGCCGAAACCGGCAAGCCGCGGCUUAUUCGUCUAACACUCAUGAGUAGUAGUACUCAAUGAAUGAGUAUAUUAUGCUUACACCCACUAGCAUAUCAUUGUACUAGCCGAUCAUUGUUGUAAAUAAUAUAUGAAUUGAAGUAAUAUUAUAUUUUAUCUCUACUAUUAAAGCAUAAUCGAAUGUGGGGACCUCCUCCUUACACGAUCCAACCUCCCCCUCCCACCAUCCACAUACCAGGGAAAUAGAAAACCAGGCACGGGUAACAUCGGUGCACUCUUUCCUGGUAAAACCGGCGCCCGGAACUACUGUGCAUAUGAUUUUACUCUGUCCGAUUCUAUACGAUGUCUAAUAUAAUGGUGUGCUACUGUUUGAAUCAGAAGUUGAACGGGCUUGAUCUGCUAUGUCGUAUGAAAUCGGACAAGCAAAAGUUGUACCCAUAUCAAGACUCGACCGCGCCCCUUCCCCAUCAGGAUCUAUCUCUGGUCAACAAGAGAACCACCAUCUCCCGGUCCCAUUCCAUCGUAGCAACUGAAUUACCUUUCGUCCUUUUCACCGGUCAGAGCAGUCCCAUCGAGAUAUUCUCUUCUACUCGAUCUCAUCUGCGCUACAUUGGAUCAUGUCCCGGCCUUCCCUUUGUUGACGAGCUCGGCGGCGCAAUAGAAGGAGUGCUCGGAAGCAGCGUCCUCAGCUGCGCUAUGCCGCGGGUUGGACGGAGAGCUUGGUGCGCUUGCAUAGCAGGACUCGCGCAGAGGGAGAUCCCGGCCUUCGUCAGCAACGCGGCCGACUGAUCUACGUCGGCGUGGUCGUUGGGCUGGAAAGAAGCACGACAGGCUGCUUUGGGCAUAGGGAGGGAGGGAGAGGCUCGUGCUUGGCAUCCAGUCCGACCAUAGCUCAUUCCAUAUGCCCACGUAAUUAAGCUUUUUAUUGCACUUGGUAUUUUCCUUUAAGAGCCUGAAAACGAUUUUGCCUUGAUUGGUGUUCUUGAAUUGACAAUAUGACAUGAUGUUUGUUGUGGUUGCAUCUUGCUUGGGAGAGUUAAUUGCACAUAAGUACCACAAUUCGGGCAUCACAUGCAAAUUGGUACCAUGAUUGCUAAUUUUUGUGUGUCAGUACCAACAUUGGUGUAAGUUUUUGCAAAUUAGGCUAAAACGCGUAUUUAUAUGUAUUGACGCCCGAUCCGACAGCUCGGGCCCACCCGUCAGGUGCCACGCUGGCCAAUCGGCGCGUGCCCGCGUGCUGACUAGGACGAGCCGGUGCGCUGCUGCUCUCCAACCUGGUCCGGUCGCACCAGCUCCAGCCCGGCCGCACCAUUCCCCUCCCCUCCUCCUCCUCCUCGCUCGUUUCCUCCGUCGCCGCCGCCCGCGUCCCGACUGCCGGCCGCCGCACCGCCCCGCCGACGCCAUGGUUUUGGAGGAUGAAAGCAGCGACGACCAUUCUAGCCUCCCGUACAUGCAGUCUUCCUCCACAGACUGUCUCAACGAGGUCCCUUUCAGCAUUGAAGAUCCAUAUUACAAAGGGCUUGAGCUGGAUGUGAUGUCUCCAUGUGAGAAGCACGGCAUGGCAUCUGAGAGGCUUGUUGCCUUUGAAGGAACAGACACAGGCAUGAGGUUUUUAGCAUGUGCACAGCCGGAAGGUAGCAAUUGUGGCUUUGUUGAAUGGGUUGAUCACCAGUGGCCCCCAACAAUGCAGAAUGCAUUGUUGAAGCUAUGGGCAAUGGUUGAAGAUGCCAAAAGUGCUAGGGUGAACGACAAUCUUGAAAGUUCUUUCACUAUCCACCAUCUGACAGAAGAGAAGAACAACCUGGAGGCCAACUAUGACAAGCUAGUCCAAGAUGUGCAUCAGCUUAUGAGUUUCCAGGAGGAUAGGGUGGUGGAUUUCAGACAUCUGCAGUCUGCCAUUACAUAUCAGCAUGAAUGCAGAAGUGAACUGGUGGCUGAUAUGAAUGCAAAGAUGGCAAAGAAAGAUGCUGAGUUUGAGAAGUUUAAGCAGAAUUAUGAUGUGCUACUGAACCUGACAAGAGCUCAAGCUACAGUCAUCCAGAACCUGAAGUUGAAGUAUAUUACUGAUAAGCAAUUGCUUACUGAAGCUAAGAUGAACUUGGAGUUGAAGAAUGCAGAGCUCACAAAGUCUGAGGAGAAGCUGAAGGAGAAGAUCAAGGGGAUCCAGGCCAUCUUAGAGAAGUGAAGAAAAUGAAUAUGAGAGUAGUGGGCAAUGCUGACCUUUUGGGCAUGAUGGUUGUGUAGUGUAUGGCUCUACUAAAUGUGAACUUCUCUAAGAUGAACUAUGGCUGUGUAUGUAUGUAGUAGAUAUGCUUUUCAUCCUUUUGUGAGAAAAGGAUGAACUAUGCAUCUAAACUCCACUAUGUAUUGUGAACAAUGGUUGUGUACUUUAUAAUAUGUUGAACUGUAGU